AUGCUGACGGCGUCUGCAGCUGGCGGCCAGACAUGUCGACAUGAUGUGCACGCGUUUGAUGCGGCCGCCGGUGCGGCAUCAUAUGACCCAAAUUCAAAUGUCAGCGUCAGCACGCACCGCUCGUCUUCUGUGCCAGAACUCUGCAAGCAGGGGCAGCAGAAUGCGGCGGCCAACGGACUGACGCUCACCACCCUAUUCACGGCCUCCCUCAUAGGGCACUGUGUGUACUCUUGGGGGAGCAUGCACGGUGGUGUAUACCAACUCCUAGCGGUUUGGAUCUGCAUCGAGCUGGCGUAUUAUGCAUGGCACCGUGGAAGGUAUGGCGUCAUCAAUCAGCUGGUGGAGACAGAGUAUGAUGUGGAGAGGGUGGCAGAGGUCAAGAGGAGGUUCCUUCAGCUCAAGGGCUGCAUGAGCAUUGAGGACUUCUUCAGCGGCUGGUUCCAUGGAGCCCCCGCCGAGACCAUAAAGAGAGGCAAUGUGGAGGACUUUGUCGCCUAUGGCUUCUACUUCAGAACGCUGGAGGGACUGCCAUCAGAGCUGCGACGGGCGGUGUCGGACUUCGUGGACCAAAUAGAGGCGGAGUGGGGUGUGAGGUUUCCAGAGGGGCGCAACGCUGACAUCAGCUUCAUGGCGCAUGUGUGGGAGGAUCUGCGAGUUCUGCCCAAGCCCCUGGCGCUGCAUUUAGGCUGCGAAUUUGUCUCAGCGCUUGCUGCGGCCCUGCUGCGCCAGAUGGGCUUCCGUUUGGAUACCUGCCAGGGCUUCACCUACUGGAUCAGGCGACCUGAUCAGGCGAUGGUGGGGGCACAGCAGCAGGUGGCGGCGGCGGCAGCAGCAGUGGUGCAGGGUGUUGAGUCAGCGGUGUGCGAGUCAUGCGAUGAGUCACCGGCAGAGACGCCGUCGGUGUCCGGCCGCAGCAGCGUGGACAUUGAUGUGGACGCCAGCUCACUUGGCAGCUGCGCCAGGGGGAUGCUGAUGGGCGUGGGGAGAUCCGUGGUGCACCGCCGGGGGGACUCCUGCUCCUCGCUGCGGUCAGAAGACGGCGGCGAUGCGAGCGACCCCGGGCCUCGGCCUAUUUUCUUCCUGCACGGCGUCGGCCUGGGCAUGGUGCCCUACCUGGGCCUUAUCCAGCAGACGCUUGUGGCCUGCCCGGGGUCCCCCAUGAUAUUACUGGAGGCUCCCCACGUGGGCCUGCGCCUGCAGCUGCGCGCGAGGGACGUUGACGAAGUGGCCAAUGCUGCCGCGGCCAUUCUGUGGCGCCACGGAUUCCCCGAGGCCUGCUUCGUUGCGCACAGCUAUGGCACCUUCUGCGCUUCGCGCGUGACUCAGCUGCACCGCAGCGUCGUGCACUCUCUGGCGCUGGUGGACCCGGUCUGCUUCCUGACCUGCUACCCGCAGCUGCUCUACAACUUCGUCUACAGGGUGCCAAAACUAUCGGACGCGCUCGGCUCCCUGGCCGGCCUGGUGGCGGCUGCGCGCUUCCUCUUCUCGCGCGACCUCAUCAUUGCUGAGACCUUCUGCCGAAAGUUCCGCUGGCACGAGCUGAUGCUCUGGCCCCAGGACAUGCCAGCUCACGCGCUGGUGGCCCUGUCAGAGAAGGACGACCUUGUGCCUGCGCCGCUGGUGGCAAAGCACAUCCUGGAUGCGCAUGCCACUGCCAGUGUCAUGUACCACCCCACGGCCGGCCAUGGGGGAUUCCUGAUCGACCUACCCUGGCAGCGGAGGCUUGUGCAGGCCUUGCAGCCGCAGCCACAGACGGAGAGACUCGAUCUGCUGUUCCCAAAUGGGAUCCCAGUCACUGGCCCUGGCAGGUUCAACAAGAGCCAGCACAUGGGAGUCACACAAGAGGGGCUGCCCUGUGAUCCCUUCAACGUGCCUCAAGGCAGCAUCUGCGUCAACAACCAUCUGCCAACUCCCUGGUCAGCUGAUGUGGACCCCACCAGCCCCCUGCCAGAGUACCCAAGACCCCAGAUGUCCAGGAAGCACUGGCACAACCUCAAUGGCAUCUGGGAGUUUGAGCCUUAUGGGGUGUGGCAAGAUAUGGCCCUGCCCCCUUCUGGCCGCCAGCUGUCCAAGCGCAUAGUCGUCCCUUUCCCCACCGAAGCCCCGCUGUCCGGAGUAGGCCGCUCAGAUGUGGGCACUUCGCGCAUGUGGUACCGACGCAACUUCACAGUCCCCCAGGACUGGAACGUGGCAGCUGGCAUGCAGGGUGCUUCAGCUAGACGCAUCUUGCUGAAUUUCGGCGCUGUGGACUGGGAGGCCGAAGUGUUUGUCAACGGCCAGCGCAUGGGCUUGCACCAGGGCGGGUAUGACAAGUUCCAUUUUGACAUUACUGACGCCCUGAACCAGAACGCUGAUGGCGUGCACGAGCUGGCAGUCAGGGUCUUCGACCCGACCGAGUUUGCCCAUGUGCCAAUUGGCAAGCAGAGGCGCCACCCUCCGCGCCACCCCUCUGGCAUCUGGUACACGUCCUCUACCGGCAUCUGGCAGACUGUCUGGCUGGAACCGGUUCCUGUGGCUCACAUCGAGCGACUGGACAUCAUCCCUGACAUUGACACAUCCACAGUGGAGGUCACUGUUCUGGGCAAUGCUGCAGCGCAGAGCCACACUGCACGUGUGGUCUUCACCGACAAGGAGGGCCACAAGGUGGCUGAUGGGCAAGGCCGUGUCGGGGUCCCUUUCAACGUGAGUGUCAGUGGCCACAAGAGCAGCAAGCUACACCUCUGGUCAUUUGACACACCUUACCUCUAUAGCCUGCAGGCGUCUCUUCAAGCUGCAUCCAGCAACACGUCUGUCAGCUCUUCAACGGGAGGAGAUGCAGUGGAGAGCUAUGUGGGCAUGCGCAAAGUCUCUCUUGGCCGUGUCGGCCCUGGCAAGCACCUGCGGCCCCUGCUCAACAAUAAGUUCACCUUCCAGCUGGGCUUCCUCGAUCAGGGCUUCUGGCCAGAUGGCAUCCACACAGCGCCCACGGAUGAGGCCCUGCAGCACGACAUCAAGUUUGCAAAAUUCCUGGGCUACAACCUGCUACGCAAGCACAUCAAGGCAAGCCUCCCUUCCACUACAACAUGCAUAUUCAUGAAAGGAGCGUGCUCCAAUGACCGGCAUUCUCAGCAUGGUAUUGAAAACUUUCUGGUGGCCUCUCCAUUGCAGGUGGAGCCAGAUCGCUGGUACUACCACUGCGACAGGCUUGGAAUGCUGGUGUGGCAGGACAUGCCUUCCAUGUACUGGGAGGACCCUUUCAGCCAGGGAGAGUCCUACAGGGCCGGGGUUGAAAAGGCGCAGUUUGAGCACGAACUUACUCGCAUGAUCGAGGAGCACAGGAGCUUCCCCAGCAUCAUCAGCUACAUUGUCUUCAACGAGGGCUGGGGCCAGUACGAAACGACGCGCGUUGUGCAGCUGGCCAAAUCCCUGGAUGCCUCCCGGCUGUUCGACGGCGCCUCUGGCUGGGUCGACGCCCCUGUGGGCGACCUCAUCGACAUGCACGCCUAUGUGGGGCCCAAUUCUCCCGUGCCGACGCUGACGCGCUCUGCUGUGCUGGGGGAGUUUGGCGGCUUGGGCCUGCGCGUUGAUGGGCACCUGUGGAUUCCAGAGGAUGCCUUCUGCUACGAGAUGGAAGCCAGCCCUGCAGCCCUCGAGGUGCGCUACCUGGGCCUCAUUGAGCAACUGAAGGAGCUGGUGGUGGAUCCAGCACUCGCGCUGAGUGCCGCGGUCUACACCGAGCUUGCGGAUGUGGAAGCUGAAAUCAAUGGUCUCACAACCUACGACCGCAAGGUGGUGAAAGUGGAGCCAUAUGCGCUGCUGGCUGCCCACAAGUCCCUGAUGGAUCUGGCCCACAGCCUGAACGAUGGUGCUGUGGAAGCACUGUGA